UCCAGUACACGCGGUCCAAUAGACCCACCAAUCGCUUCCCUUCAAAUCUGCCGUCUCCCUCCCUCGCAAUUCGCAGACACGCGGAUUCCGCCGGAUUCGUGAAUCCGCCGCCGUGGACGACGGAAAUGGAGUCGCCGGUAGACAACGUAGCCGACGAGCUCGAGAGUCUGAGCUUUAACUCCACAACAACCACCACCGCCACCGACAUCCACCGCUCUAUCAGCUCCGGUUCCGACUGGACCUCAUCCUCCUCCGCGCACUUUCCUCCUUCCGCCGCUAGACAGUAUCUAACCACUGGAGACCACCGCUGGGACGCCGUCCGCCGAUUCGCCUCAAUUUCCUUCUCCGACCUCCGCUUCCUCCACCGCCUCGGCGCCGGAGACAUCGGAUCCGUGUAUUUAGCCGAGCUCAAGCCGCAGCCGUUCCUGGCGUCGGCUGACUCGACCAAGCCGAAUCCGCCGGCGUCGGCGGCUCUAUUCGCGGCGAAAGUAAUGGACAAGAGAGAGCUGGCGAGCCGUAACAAGGAAGGAAGGGCGAGAACUGAGAAGGAAAUUCUGGAAGUGUUGGACCACCCGUUUUUGCCGACGCUUUACGCCGCCAUUGAUUCUCCGAAAUGGUCGUGCCUCCUGACGGAGUUCUGUCCCGGCGGCGACCUCCACGUGCUCCGCCAACGUCAGCCGUCGAAACGGUUCUCCGAUGCCGCCGUCCGGUUCUACGCGGCGGAGGUGGUGGCGGCGCUAGAGUACAUCCACAUGAUGGGAAUCGUUUACCGCGAUCUGAAGCCGGAGAACGUCCUGAUCCGAUCGGACGGUCACAUUAUGCUCACCGACUUCGAUCUCUCCCUACGAUGCGACGAUUCCACGUCGACGCCGGCGCAGGUGAUCACCGGGUCCAGUGCACCGCAGCUACCGCCGCAGUUCCCGGCGUCGUCCUGCAUCCUCCCCAACUGCAUCGUCCCAGCGGUGUCGUGCUUCCACCACCGGCGCCGUCGCCGGAAGAAAGCGGACGCGCACGCACGGCCGGCGUUCGUGGCGGAGCCUAUCGACGUCCGAUCCAUGUCGUUCGUCGGAACGCACGAGUACCUGGCGCCGGAGAUCAUCUCCGGCGAGGGUCACGGCAGCGCUGUCGACUGGUGGACGUUGGGGAUUUUUGUAUUUGAGUUGUUCUACGGAACGACGCCGUUUCGGGGUACGGACCACGAGAUGACGCUGGCGAAUAUCGUGGCCCGGGCGCUGGAGCUCCCGAAGGACCCGGGAGUGCCUGGCCCAGCCAAGGACCUGAUCGCCCAGCUGCUUGUGAAGGAUCCGGCUCGGCGGCUCGGGUCCACUCUCGGCGCGGCGGCGAUCAAGCAGCACCCGUUUUUUCAGGGCGUGAACUGGGCGCUGUUGAGAUGCGCGCCGCCGCCGUUUAAGCCGCCGCCGUUUGCGCGGAGCGGCGUCGUGUCUGGUGAAAGCGGGCCGGACCAGAACACCACUGUCGAGUAUUACUAGCGUAAUGAGAUAUUUAUUGUUUAAUCUUAAAUAUACAUUUUUAUUUUGAAGUCACUUUUAUUAUUUAUGUCUUAUCUUAUAAAUUUUAUUUAUUUAAUAUCAAUUUUACAGGGU